CUCAAACGAUUGUAUAAGCAAUAAGACAUCUAUUGGAAUAUGAAACAAAACACAUUAACGUUUCAUCAUGUUGGAAUCGAUAGAUGUGUUUGCCGCCGGGAUUCACCAUCCUAAUGCUUUACCUCAACAUUCUAAAAGUAUAAUCAAGAAAUAUACGGACAAUGAUAUUGCAAUCACUUACAUCGAUGAAUCUGUCGACGAACAGAGCUCUACUCAAGCAACAGGGAGUUCAGUCACUCGUACGACAUCCUCAUUGGGACAUUUAGCGGUAUCGGAGGCCCUGGAAGAAGCGCUAACCGAAAAGUACAGUUACAAAGAACAUUCUAUGCAAACUUCAGCAAAUCGAACCACUACAUAUACAGAGGGGACGACUCCAGGACCAGCAACCCGCACAAUCAACAAAGCACAUCGCCGUACUAAAUCAUGUCUAACACUACCAUCGAAUAAGAAUAACCUGGCAAGCACUCGGUUGAGUCGUAGUGUCAGUUUCUCUAACAAAAUCGUGGCCGUCGCCACAUAUUCUAAUUCAGAUUACAGCCGUGGAUUAGAUGUCGCUCAACAUUAUAAGAGUCUCCCGGCGAGGGAAAAGUUCCUGAUCAAGCAGGAAAUCAGGAGUGCUACGAGCGAUGUGAAUGGAUUGACACAAACGACCAAAGAUAACAUAAAGUACACAUGUAUGUUCUUGUUAUUAGCUAUUCUGCUAGGGCUACAGAGGGCAUACCUGUCCGAAUAGGUAGUAUAUUAAAUAAUUAUCACGAAU